UCACUCUAGCCCGUUCCGUUUCUGGCCUAUUCACCACAUCCACGCACACAACUACAGCCGCAGCAUAACGCGUCGUCGUGUCGUUGGUGUCUACGUCACGUCGCUUCGAAUAUGUUUUAAUUUCCUGCAACUGCAAGGCUUCACAAUCGACACAGAAUGCUCCCUCAAUUGCAUAACAGCAGCAUUUAUGCAUGAGUGUGUGUGUGUGUGAGACCGAAACACACCACACCACGCAGCCAGGCCAACUAGAGACGGCAGUAGCAACAACAGGGGCAUCGGCUGCAUCGACCGGGAGCCACGCCACGCGGUUUUUCAAAUCACUGUAAAAUUUGCUGCAUUUAGCAGAUACCCAUUAUCCUUGGAUAUCAGUACAAAUACAGUGAAAUUGAGAGGCUAUAGGCUAUAUCGGACAGGCCGCAUCAACCGCUAGAAUGUUUCGCUGCUGACUAUCGAUAGAUACUCGAUAGUCGCGACCAUCGCCACCAACAACAGUAUUCAUUCGAACAAUUUUACAUAACUACAACGCAGUCAUCGUCGUACGACUCGAGUGAUAGAGUGAUAUGGCCGUGUUCCUGAUCAACGUCUGUAAAUAUAGUGGCUGCGGCAUCACAUUUCCAAGCUUAAGCGAUCUAAUAUCACACAUCGAGGACACCCAUAUAGACUAUGAUCCUAAGGUGGUCGAACAGAAGGAGCAGGCCCAGCCUGCCUGCCUGCCCCUGAGCUACGUCCUGCGCUUCGUCACGGAGGACAAUCGCAAGGAGGCCGCCACCUUCCUGGCCAACAACACCGCCCCACCUGCCACCAAUAGCGGCAGCAAUGCCGGCAGCCACGGCAGUGGCAAUGUGGAGCUCAAGCGAAAGCUGGCCAUCAAGCACCACAGCUACAGCAUGUCGUCGUCCAAUCGCAGCACCACGCCCACAGGCAGUGAAAUGGACGAGGAUGAAAUGGUUGUCACGGAGUCCGAGGACAGCAAUGAUUCCUGGACCACCGAGGAGUUUAGCUCCGAGUUUAUCAUGCGCUAUGGCAGCAGGCAUUCCGGUGGCGGAAGCAAUGGCACGCCUGGCAAUGAGAAACCCUUCGCCUGCCCUGUGCCCGGAUGCAAAAAGCGCUACAAAAACGUCAACGGCAUCAAGUACCAUUCGAAGAAUGGCCACAAAAAGGACGGAAGAGUGCGAAAGGGCUACAAAUGCCACUGCGGGAAAAGCUACAAAACGGCGCAGGGCCUGAAAAACCAUGCCCUCCACACCCACAACGCGCAGCCCGAGAGCGUUCUGACCACCCAGCAGGUGGCCAAUGCUGCGGCUGCCGCCGCAUCUUCUUCCGUGAGUGGUGGCAGCACCAACAGCAGCUCCAAUCCCACUCCGCCCGCCAUCCAGCGCAGCAAUUCUCCAUCGCAGUCGCUUGGCUCGCUGAGCCCGUCGAGCAUUAGCAACAUGUCGAGCAGCGCCAGCAGCUGUCAUGGAGGCAGCAGUCUGUCCAACAACAACAACAACGGCACCAGCAGUAGCAGCCAGAACACUGCCAUCGUUGGGGGUGGCAAUAUGCUGCAGCAGCUCAGCACUGGGAACGUGGUCACCCUGACCAAUCUUCCAUCUCAGCAGCAGCAGCAGCAGCAGCAGCAACACCAGCCGCAUCCACAGCAGCAGCAGCAGCAGCAUCAGCAUCAGAACCACCACCAGAAUGGCGGCUCAGCAACAGAAACCUCUUACUCCUGCUCUUCAUACAACCACAAAAGCACCAACAGCAACCACCUCCACACGACCAGCGAAGGCCCCAAGCCCAGUGUCAGUGCCAGUGCCACUAUGGUUAUUGCCGCAGCCACUGCCACUGCCGCCAAGAGGCCCACAGCAGCCGCUUCCUUCAGGCCAUCGGCAGCCCCCAGCAGCGACACCACUUACUCCAGCUCUUCAUACAACCACAAGAGCACCAACAGCAACCACCUCCACACGACCAGCGAAGGCGCCAAGCCCAGUGCCAGUGCCGCUAUGGUUAUGGCCGCUGCCGCUGCCACUGCCGCCAAAAGGCCCACAGCAGCCGCUUCCUUCAGGCCAUCGGCAGCCCCCAGCAACGCCACCUCCAGCCGGAGCAGUAGCAGCAGCGGGAGUGGAAGUGGAAGCGGGAGUGGGAUGACGCCCAUGCAGAUCUCGCCCACCUUUAUUGAGCACAAGUAUUCGUCAAUAGACAUCAAAGAGAAGUUCUUGUCCACCCUGCGAGCGGCCACGGCCGACAGCGUUGCCUCGUCGGCCUCGGCGUCGGCGUCUCCCAAGGCGCCCGAUGUGGUGGCACCUGUGGGAGCAGGCGGUGGCCUGCGGGGCGUUGCUGUGGGCCAAAUGUGCGCGCUGCAGAACGAGCACAUACAUCAAAAUCUCUUCAAGAAAACCAUAAAUUGAGAUGCUGGAGUGCGGAGAGCGGAGGGCGGACUGAGCUGAUCGCCGCGUAGAGUUGGCUGUGAUGAAGUAGUAACUAAAAACUGACUAACAAACCGAACCGAACCGAAUGGAAAGAAUGGCAGAGCAAGAGGAUUCGUCAAUGAGGUCGAUGAGGGAGUUGAGGUGGAGGACCAAGAGAUGGAGGAUGCAGAGGUAGAGAUAGAGGGAGAGUGAAAGAAAUUAUUAUGAACGCUGCACCGCAAACAAAAUCAUAAGAAAACUUUUCCACUUGUCAAAGAAAACAAAAAGGAAAGAGCCCACAAAUACGAGAGUAUCUUUAAAACGAAAGAAAAUUCCAUGCUUUUCGCAGAUAAACACACACACACAAAUUACACUAAUCUCAAAAAUAUUAACAAGGAAAUUGUACAUAAAAUUGGCCACCUAAGAAAUGCUUCUUCUAAACUGCAUUAGAAAAUUCUUACAAAAAGUUCUUACAACAAAGAAAAGAAAAAAAAACUGAGAAUUGUACACACAAAAUUUAGAAAAUACAUUUGAAGAUCCUUCUUCAACUAGUCAUUAUUGUAGUUAAAUUAAUUCUUUGAUUUCAUGCAUGCAUCAAGAACCUAAAAACACGACAAAAAACAAAAAAAAAACAAAAAACAAUGCGCACCAACUGUCUGGGAAACAAAAUCCUCUGAACUACAUGAAGGAAUAUAUCUAAGAGGAGGGCCAGGGCGUGAAAGUGUUGGCCCAUACCAUCUAGUUUUACCAAUUGGCUAACGAAUACCGUCGCUUACUAGGAAAAUUCCACAUCGCGAAGCCCUGAACUUGCCAAGAUCCUUGUGACUCUUUGUGCGAGCCAAUGGAACGAUUCAAGAUGGAGAAUGUCGAAUAUUUCAAACAGAAAUUAGUUAGCUACAAAUUUAGGGGAACCCAACGAGCCCCGAGCCCACGAGCCAUCACGCGUCUGGUGAUGGCAACCGUUUCCGCUUAGGAGCCACAAUAACUCUACAGUAGUUAUAGUAUUAUAAUUAUAGAUAACGCUAUGGAUUCUUAUACGAUUAUAUAUAUAUAUGUGUGUGUGUAAAGAUUGUAAAUGUAUACCUAAUUUAUAAAUUAUAAUUGUAGCUUUUUGUGAGUGCGUUUCCGUGCAUGUAUUGUAAUUGUAAUUGUAAUUCAUGUAUAGCUAUAGAUUUUGAACGUCCCUACAAUAGAUCUACGAUAUAUACGAUUAUAUAAAGAUAUGUGUGUGUGCGCGUGAAAUAUAUGUAUAUUGUAACGUCGAUUUGAUGUGAAUUAUUUCAUUGUCAAGCGGCGGAGGUGGAGAAGAAGAAGUAUUGCAUGCAUGCCUCCAAAAUUCAAUCGAACUUCCUAGCCUGUGCAUCGGGCAUCCCUAAGAACUCAAAACAGAUCAAAAAAACAAAAACAAAAUGGAAUGACAUUUUUAACAUAAAUUUACAUCAAUCGUACAUUGAGAUAAAACUCAAUUUAGUCAGCCGCCAAAACAAAUUUUUCAGAGCGCAUUUCGCAGACGCGCAGCGUCUUAAAAAACAACAUACUAAAUAGUUCUGCGUCCCUAAUAGAUACUAAAGAAAAAGGAAUCACACACACAUGGGUAGACACAGAUACAGAUACACAUACAUACAUCUAUAUACAAUAUACAAUAUCUUUAAGAACUCACGCUUAAGCGGCGACUCCCAACGGAGCGCCCUAGUUUAGCCAAACGUCUUUUAUAUAGAACGGAAAAGGAAAUGUGAGCAGAAACGGAACGGAAAGGUGUCUUCGGCACACCGAAGCGCGGAGUGUCCCGGCAGCGUGUGCCAUUCCCUGCCGGGGCACGCUCCCUAACUUUCGGACAGCGGAUAAAUCAACUCAAAACCCUCUAAUGAAUACAAUAAAUGGAAUAUGUAUAUUUCUUUAUAUAUAUAUAUAUAUAUAUAUACUAUAUACUAUACACAUAUACUUCUAUAUGUUUAAGUGUAUGUCAUCUUAUAUAAGACUGCUGUUAUGUUCGUAAAUAUAUUUAAUAUAUGUAUGUAAAAUUAACGAAAAAACAAAACAAAACAAAACCACACGCAAACGCAAAACAAAAAAAAACCAACCUACGAUAAAUCAGAAAUAACUAUUCAGAAAUACAUAAUAAUAAUAAUAAAAAUACAAAUAACGAAGAAACGCAAAAUAAAUGAAUAGAUAAUGUAUUCAUACUCUACCUAUAUACUAUAUAAUUGUAUUGUAAUUGUAAUUUACUAAAAUCGUAAUUAUAUGUAGAGAAUUAACUGAAGCCUAAUGAUAAACAACCAUCGACAUCCAGCAUACAAGCAACUAAUCCCGUGCGUACCCUGCAGGAUUUGCGCACCGCAGAAUUUCGACGAACGUAGUCCUUCUCUGAAGACGCAUCAUCAUUACCGAGUAUCAUUAUCAUCAACCACAAAACAAAA